AUGCAGACUCAGCAAGGGUUCCACCCGAGGUCGGGUUCGAUCGGAGGCAGGCAGCGAUUCGGCUCUGACGGCUUCAGCCGAACGAACCUCUCCACCGUCCAGGACAUGGACUCCAUGGACGAUAUGGAGAUGGACGACAUAGGCAACACCCUCGACGGCCUCGCCCCGAUCGAGGAGCAGCCCAUGGCGUUCAAUCAGCCACAGUUCAACCAGAACAACAUUCCACUCCAGCCAUUGAACGUCAACCUUGCGAAUAUGCAGAAUCACAACGGUCUCCGCACUUCCACACCCUCCACGCCUGCCGCAUCACAACAAUUCGGUCUCCAGAACAACCCCACCGUUUCUUCCGUCAACACCCCCACUCUCGGCACCGCCCCGAUGAACAACAUCCAGAGCCGGAGCUCGCCAGACUCGUCCCACCCCGGCACGCCCGCAGAGCUCGACAUGGACUUCGGCAACGGUUUCAACACAAUGGGCAUGCAGGGCAUGGACAUGAACUUUGGAAACAUGAACUUCGGCAACGGCAUGCCCGGCUUUGACGGAACCAUCGACCAGCCCGGAAAGCGACUCUUCAGCAAACAGGGCGCUGGUGGCAUCACCCAACAGCAGCUCCAGAUGCAGGCAUACAAGAACCUGGGUCUGUCCGGGACCAACGCCGAGAUGCUCAGGAAGUUGCAGGAGCAGCAAUUGGCGGGUGCAAACAUCCCCCAGAUCCCCUUCCCUCCCGAGGAGAUCAAGCCCUUCCGCUGCCCCGUUAUUGGCUGCGAGAAGGCUUACAAGAACCAGAACGGUCUGAAGUAUCACAAGCAGCACGGCCACCAAAACCAACAGCUCAAGGAGAACGAGGACGGUACCUUCUCCAUCGUGGACCCCCUGACAUCGAUCCCUUACCCCGGAACCGUCGGCAUGGAGAAGGAGAAGCCUUACCGAUGCGAAGUCUGCGGCAAGCGCUACAAGAACUUGAACGGUCUCAAAUAUCACAGGUCGCACGCGCCGCAUUGCAAUCCCGAGCUCAAGCUACAACAGCUCAGUGCGCUUAACAACAACCUCCAAGGGCUCAACGUUAACGUUGCUGGCGCAGGCAUGGCCGGCAUGGACACCUCCAUGUUCUGA